UAAUACACAUUGUUAUCUUUUACCUGACAAUUUAAUAAAACGUGUUUAUAUAUUAAGCAGAUGUACGUUUUCUGAGAAAGUCAUAAAAUACUAUCCGGCGAAAAUCUAAAAAAGAGAGCGCGCGAAAACGACAACUGGUUGUAUGUAUGUAGCUUUGACAUAAUCAACGUGAAUUGGAUUGGUUCUACUGCCGUUAAUUGUGAAGAAUUUAGCUUAAAUUUACCCAAGAUGUCGACAACAUUGUUUGGGAUUAUUCGGUCGUUAGCCUUAAGAACUACCUCCUUAGUCGCAACAAGGUCGCUGGCAAAACAAAAACGUGGCUUGGGUCGAAAAUUUGCUUUAGCCGUGUCCGCAGCCAGUGCGUUUGCUUUUACAAUUCAUCAAAAACGUAUUGAGAUAUUUGCAAAAGAGAAUAAACAAAAGGACAAACAUGUCAUUGAAGAAGCAGAUAAGUUGUAUAACAUGGGUGGGCAAUACAGGGAGCUGUACGAUUACUUGAAAAAGCAGAAAAACGUAAAAAACUGUAGCAUUCUGUGGAGGUUGGCACGUGCUGCAAGAGAUCUUGCUUUAAAAGGCGAAGAUGUCACGGACAAUGAAAAAAAAGAACUUAUCUACGAGGCGUUUAACGCUUCCAAAGAAGCUCUGGAUGUUGACGAAAGUGACUUUGCAGCUCAUAAAUGGUACGCUAUAACCAUUGGCGACGUUGGAGAUUAUGAAGGUACCAAAGUAAAGAUCUCGAAUGCAUUUCUAAUUCGUGACCACCUUGAACGUGCUACUGAACUGAACCCAAGUGAUGCAACCACAUUACAUUGCCUCGGAAUGUGGUGUUUUGCCUUUGCUGACAUGCCAUGGUGGCAACACAAAAUGGCUGCGGUCAUUUUUGGCACCCCACCUUCUUCCACCUAUAAAGAAGCAGCUGACUACUUCAUGCAAGCUGAAAGAGUGGACCCAAACUUCUACAGCGUCAACUUACUCAUGCUUGGAAAAACUUACAUAAAAAUGAACGACCACAAGAGGGCCAUGUUGUUCCUAGAUCGGGUACUCCAUUAUCCAAUAUUGAACACUGAAGAUGAAAACGCCAAAGUUGAGGCAGAAGUUUUGUUAAAAUCCCUUCUUGGAAAGUGAAAGUAGUAACUUCUGUUUGCAUUUGUUACAAAUAUAUACUGAAGCACAUUCUAUUGACACUAACAUGCUAUACUUCUAUUUGCAGUCAGUAUUUAAACAUUUAUAUAUUCCAGUUAGUAGUUAAUUAUAAAUUGUAGUUUUUGUUGUUCUAUGUAAGCUAAAUGUUUACUGGAAAGACUUUAGUUGACCCUUUUUUUGACCCAAUGAUCUAUUGCUUGUGAAACUGUUGUAUGAUAAAUCCCCAUUGCUUGUAUUGUUAAUUUAUCAUACUGUUAUUAGUGAAAUAGAUGGGAAUUGUUUUGAUCAAGGUGUGAAUUAUUUGUAAUUUUGGUGGCAACAGGAUAGUUACAUAUACCCAUGCCAGUAAUUGUUUGUUACUGAUUAGUGCGUUGGUAAUUGAAGUGGUGUAUAUGUGAUUAGUGAGUGUAAUUUACCGGUACUUAAACACAAAUAUAUGUAUUUAUUACGCUUUACUGUUUGUAAAUGUUUAUAAUUGUUGGGAUGUGCAAAUAUGGUGUUCAUGUUGGUGCAGUUUUUGUACAUUUUUCAGUCGAAAUAAUGGAAAUAUAGACUGGAAUGUAUUGCAUUUGAUCCUGAAGUCAAUUUUUCACAUCAUGCCUAUUUAUUCAAGCUUAUAAAAUUUGUUAAACAUUGUUUUGCAG